CACCAACCAUCCUGGUUUGGCCUAUCGCCCUCCAGCCAGGAUCGGACCUGCUAUCACUGCCUGCAUCCGCGCUAACCACCUCGCCUAUUAGCCUGCAGUGGGGCGUAGGCCAACCCAAUUUAUGAGCAGCGACUACCGCCGCCGGCAAAGCAUUCAUCUCUCGGCUGUCCCUUUUGAAGAUGAACAUGCGUCCGGAUCAAUCUACUGGCCCGUUGGAUAGACGAUCAUGAACAACGAGACGCGCCAAGCCUCCGGGGCCGGCUCCUCCUCCUCCAAGGCCAAACGACGCCUCACCGACCUCGACGAGAACUCGGGCAAGAGCCCGGUCGCCGACGACUUCGCCUCCAACCCCAAGCGCCAACGGGUCUCGCGUGCCUGCGACAGCUGCCGCUCCAAGAAGGACAAGUGCGAUGGCGUCCAGCCCGUCUGCUCGACCUGCGCUUCGCUCUCGCGCCCCUGCACCUACAAGGCCAAUCCCAAGAAACGCGGCCUCCCGACCGGAUACAUUCGCACUCUCGAGUUGCUAUGGGGGCUGAUUUUCACCAAGAUUCAGGGGAGUGAGGAGGUUGUGCGCGCCCUGCUGCGGGCCGCCAACAUCCCCAGCCACCUGGCCACUAUGGGCAAGGAGGCCGAGGGCUCCGACACCCUGCUCUCCUCGUGGAAGAACAGCAUCGUGCUGCGGGAGAUCGAGCGGCUGUUGACCUUCCUGGAGCAGCCGGACGACGAACCCCGACUGCCGGGGGAGAGUGACUCCCCGCCGGAUGGCGAGGGGAGCGUGCUGUCCGCGGAGGCCCUGGAGUGGAAUGUGGCCGAUGUGCUGGGCGAUGGGCGGGAGGGAUCGUUGGCGGUGGUGUCGCCCGUCAAAACGCCAUCUGCCAUGAAAAACAGCAACAGCAGCAGCAGCAGCACGGCGGUGCGAAUUACCCGUGACUGUGCCACCCAAACCGCCUUCCCGAAAGAUAUCGAAGUCUCGCUCGGUCGGAUCCCCACGCGACCGCCCGCACAGGACAUUCCGAUGCCGCAGCUUCCGCCGAAUGCCUGGCCCUUGCUGGACAUCUACUUCUCGUACACGCAGUGCUGGUUCCCCAUCCUCGAAAAACACGACAUCCUGCGGACGGCGUUUCGCCACCACGAGGACGACGCGCGGAUCUCCGCGUCGUGUGCGGGCUCGGGCGACCACGCGGCACUGUGGGCGGUAUUGACGCUGGCCUCCAUCCAGGAGGCGUCGAUAUCCGCCACUCGGCAGUUGACCGACUUUUCCGAGCGCCCCGACCCGGCCCAGCUGUAUGCCACCGCCAAGAGCCUCGUUCCAGAUGAAGACGGGCCCUACGAGCUCGGCCACGUGCAGGCGCUGCUGAUUCUCUCGCUCGUCAAACUGGGCCAGCAGGACUGGACCGCGGCGUGGCUUCUGGUCGGCCAGGCUGUCCGCAUCGCCCAGAGCCUGGGGUUGGGCCGAUCGCCCGGCCCCAAGGAUGCAGAGGGGAAGACUGCGGCCCGGUCCAAGCAUGUCUUCCUGGGCUGCUUCGUCCUCGAGACCCUGGUGGCCAUGCAGACGGGCCAGGUGCCAUCGCUGCGUAAGGGCGACCUGGUGCCGAUCGGCCCGAUCAACGAGGACGGGCUGGAGGAGUGGCACCCGUGGGAGGACCAGACGGGCCUGCGCCCAGUUGAGCCGUCGCGGACCUUCCACCGCGGGCCGCUGCACGCGCUGAGCACGUUCAACCGGCUGACCUCGCUGAUGUGCAUCCUGAACGAGCUGUGCUGUCUGCGGCAGGCCCCGAGCCCGGGCGCGCAGCUGGACGCGCUGGAGCGCCAGCUGCAGCUCUGGGUGUCGGCCCUGCCAAAGAGCUACCGCGUCGACCUGCAGACACCGUCAAAGGUCGCGUCCCCGCAUAUCUUCGGGCUGGAGAUGAUGUACGAGAGCGUCGUGGCGAACCUGAGCCUGCAGUUUGCGUUGCAGCGGAGCGACCGGAACCUCCCGGAGACGCCGCUGAAGAAGCGAGCUACCGAAAGCUCAAAACGGCUGCUACUACUGCUGCAAACUUACAUGGAAAACUACAGUCUGUCUGCGACGUGUCCGACGUUUGGGAUGGCGCUGACAGUGGGCCUGGGCAUCUCCCCGGGGGAGACGACGCUCCCGUUCGAGCUGGAUUUCGGCCUGAAGAGCAAGCUCCAGUCGUUCGCGGCGCAUCUUGCGACAGUGUGGACGGUGAAACCAAGACCGAUUCAGAAGACUCCGGAAUUGGCGGCCUCGAACCUCCCGAACCGACCGCGAAGCCUGUCCAACCGGGACUCCGGGGCCCUCAACGCGUUCUCGCAUCCCAUGCAGGAACCCGCCCGGCGGGUGAGCCUGCUGGACGACGGCCGCGGGCUGGCGACGCCCGACCCGUUCUUCUCGAACACAUGGAUGCGGACGCCGAAUGUCGAGGACAAUGUGGCUCUGUCGAUACCCACGCCAGCCCCGUCGCUGAACAUCAACCAGGAAACGCAGCCGCCAUCGCAGAUGAAAGACUCCUCCCUCUCCCACCACUCCCGCUCCAUCUCAAAACCGAUUAACGGCACUCCCCUCUUGCCGGACCUGACCUCUCCCUUUCACAACACCACUCCCUACCCCCCACCCUACAGCGACCCGAGCCUGAACCUCGGGGCAUUCGAUAUCGACGGAUACGGGCCGCCGCGACGGCCGCGCAUCGCCCCGGACCUGGACGCACUGUUUGAUGAAUUGGCGUCACUGGACGGGACAGAAAAAACCGACAACCAGCCAGAGUUCAUGCAGAACCUGGGGUUUGUGCCGGAAGCGGGGGUGCCGGAGCUGUACUCGUACUCGAGCCAGGUGGAGCCGUUCCUGCUGGCGCAGACGCAACAGCAGGUGCCGUGCGAGGUGCGGCGCGAGUCCCAGACGACGGAGGGCUCGAAGAGAUGACUUGGAUAGCUCGGAAGUUCCAAAGACCCAAGGGAUACUUAAGACAGACUCAUGAGACUCGCGAUGAGUCGAGGUGACUGAUGAACAGCCGAAGAUAUGCGCAUGUCAUCCACCCCACACGGACAUGAUGCGGCCGUGAUCGCUCCGGCCUGUACAUAGCGCUUUGUAUGUAUCAAAGCAGAACGGGCCGGACAGUGUAUAUAAGAUGCGUAUGUGAGGGCCACGCCACAGCAGAUGCUCCUCGGGAAGUGUAAAUAAGCAAGCAUAUAGCAUAGGCUAUCACGUACAGAAGUG